AUGUUCAGGAUCAAGAAUCUGUAUCUUCGAGUCUCGAGGCGGCUACCCCCCAUUCUCGACUCAUCUCCCAAGGUUGGCAAGCUUGACUCCCUCAUCUUCGCUGACUGGGUCGAACCAUUACUUCAACAAGACGAGCUUGAAACUUUCAAUUUGACCCCCGAAAUCUGCAUGGGAGGCUAUUUCCCAAUCAAAGAUAACAAAGUGGUUGUCUACGAAGUGGCCUACACUGAAGAGAGACAAGUUAUUAGGAGCUUCAUCUGUGAAAAGAGCCACGUCACUAGAGCGCAGGCUAAGGCACUUAAUAAGGCGGAACAAACUCCUGAAGUCAUGGAGCUCAAGGGGAAAUGGGGGGAAACAUGGGAGGGCAUUUCAACUAAGACACACGAAGAGUUACUUCUCGAAAUUUCUGGACUUCGGUUGAAUUUGAAGAAAUGUGUGCGCAAAUCUUCGGAGUCAAAAGAUCCGACUUUGCCGACGGUGAUGAACAUCGUUCAUGGCCGACGACAUGGCAUGGACAACCUCACAUCAGAAGUCCAGAUUGAGUGA